AUGGCUACCAGGGAGAAGGGCUUAAUCAAUCCCAUUUUCAUGCUUAUCUUGGCAUUCUUAUGCAGCCAUGCACUAUAUUCCUCUUCUGUGGCAGCAACAAACACAAUCAGAAUUGGUGAUGAAGUCAACGCAACUUCGAAUCUUGUCUCUGAAAAUGGCAACUUUACUUUAGGAUUAUUCACUGUGUCAAGUCCAAAUUCCAGUUACUUUGGCAUAUGGUACACAAAUGAUGUACAACGGAGGAAAGUAUGGGUUGCCAAUCCAAACUCACCUAUCACCAGCAGUUCUGGAGUCCUCACAAUCGAUAGCACUGGAACAUUGAAAAUCACCAGCGGAGGCAACACUAUUAUGCUUCUUUCUGCUCAAAAUGGAACAGCCAAUGCAACAGCUACACUAGAAGACUCGGGUAACUUUGUCCUGAUUGAUGGAGUUCAAAGGACUUUGUGGCAAAGCUUUGAUCAUCCUACCAACACCCUUUUGCCCGGUAUGAAACUUGGUUAUAAUCUCACGUCCGGACAAAAUUGGACGCUUACUUCUUGGCUUAGUGAUUAUAUCCCUGCCUCCGGGGCUUUCACUUUAACCUUAGAAUCCGACGGAGAGUCAGCACAGUUGGUCAUUCAUCAGCGAGGAGAACUUUACUGGACUAGUGGACCUUGGUCCAAUCAUAAUUUCAUGUACACGUCUGAAUUGAUUAGCCCUUUAAAUACGUACCAGUACAACCUCCACCUCUUCUCCAGUGGUGAUUGGAAGUAUUUCACUUAUGAUGCUGUUGAUGCAAGUUUAGGGAUAUUGGAAUUGUCUUCAAAUGGGCAGAUUCUUGAUGGUGCUAAUAAUCUUGCCGUUAGCGAUUAUGACUUUUGUUAUGGAUUGGGUUUGGGUGGGUGUGUGAAUAAAGUGUUACCCGGCUGCCGGAGCCAAAGGAAUUGGUUCCAGGAAAUGAGUGCAAAUUUUCCGGGCGCACUUAGUAGCUAUGAUUUCAAUUCAAGCCUAAGUCUAAGUGAUUGUAUGGAAAGGUGCUGGAAUGAUUGCAAUUGUGUCGGUUUUGCCAACGCAAACAAUGGAACAGGCUGCAUAUUGUGGAGCGGAAACAUUGAGUUUCAAAUAGAUAAUCGUGGUGACGCUUUGAAGUAUGUGCUGGCUCCAGGAAAACCCUCCAAAGGAAAAACAUGGAUAUGGGCAGUGGUUGCUAUAGCUAUCUUCCUAUGUUUGCUUACAUUGGGAGCCCUGUGGUAUAAGAGAAUCAAAAAGAGUAGAAUAGAAGGUGAGGAGAGAAAAAGGCAAAAGGAGAAUUUACUCGCAUUGACUGCUUCAGACAGCUUAAACCAUGUCAAUGAUGUUGAGAACAAUGGGAGGAAAGGGCACGAUUUGAACACAUUCAGCUUUGCUUCAAUUGCAGCAGCCACAAAUAACUUCGCGGAUGAAAAUAAGCUUGGAGAGGGUGGUUUUGGACCUGUUUACAAGUAUACGCAAUGA